GGCCUCGUCGUGACGAGAAGCUUUAAACGGGUUGAAGAAAGUUAGUGUCUGUCAUUUGAAUCAGCUGUGUGAGGGGGACGGGGGCGAGUGUUUUACCUUGUCAAGGACCUCCUUGAACAACAGACAUGGGUCACCUCAUCCACUACCUGCACCUCCUGCUGGCCUGUCAGUGUCUCGCGGUCAACGGGCUGUUUGAGUGGCUGAGGCUGACAGAGGCACCUCGAGCAGCAGCGCCUCUUCAACCAGCUGCAGUGGCUCCAGCACAUCUUGCCAAAGACGCUCAGUUUGAGAUGGCAACUGCAGAUGAGAAGUUUUUAGCUGAGGCAAAGCAGAUGGAGCUCAGCCCAUUGGACAGCUGUCAUUACAGGGUGAUCGCUCGGCUAAAGUCGAGCUGUGACAGCCUCUCAGAAGAAAAGCUCGCAAAGCUCGGAGUGGAACUGUUUAACUGCCAGGCAGAGAUUGAGGGGCGCCAGACGUACCUAUGCACAGAGGAGAUGACCAUCAAAGAGUGCACAGCAGACAUGGAUUCAGAUACAUGGAAUGCUUACCACAUAGUGAGCAACCGAGCGCGCUCCGUUUGUUAUGCAACUCGACAGCAGCUUUUCCGGCGCAGAGCCACAGUCAAUGCACUCAUCUCCACAGCCACCAGCCAGCUAGAUGCAAUGAAGGACCUGAAGGAGGGCCAGGUAGAGUUGAAAGAACUGACUGCAGCAUCACUGGACAAGCUGCUUGAAGGCCACAGUGUUCUGCAGGCUCAACAGGGGAAGCUCCACGAGGGCCAGGAGCAGAUGACGAGUUCACUGAGGGACAACCUGGAGCGUCUGGGUCAGGAAAAAGCUCUCAUCGCCUCUGGACAGGAGUUGGUAGCUCAGCUCAUUCAGGGAAUUACACAAAGAAUGGAGAAUGUGAGUGAGCAUCUUCAAAUCCAGGGCUCUGAGGUGCAGGACAGCUACAAGGCGAUUGUCAAGGACCUGGCAGAUGUAAGACACCAAGCUCAGGACAUCUAUCAGAAAAUUGACCACAGUAUGAUAGAGUUUCUGCAGUAUCAGGAUCAGACCUCCCAGUACUACACUGACCUGAUGAACAAGUUGGAGCGCAUGAACAGCACCCUGGGAGGCAUGCUGCACUACCUCGAUAAGAUGCAGAGCCGCAUAGAGGACAGGCUUCACAUGAUCCAGGGCUACCUCGGAUGGGCAGGUUUAAGUCUGACAGCUAUAUGGACGUGCAUCACACACACAGGCUACUUUGUACUGUGUGCAGUCCUGCUGACAUUCCUGCACUGUCCUGGUUUCUCUCGAGCCAUGCUGCUGCUAACUGUGCCUCUGAAUGCAGUUGCUGAAGUCAACCAGCAGCCAGCGCUGGAUCUCACCAGCCUCAGCCUGCUGCUGCUCACUCUGUCUCUGGGUCACUGGUUUGUGAAUCAGCUGUGGGCAUGCUUCAAGAUCACGAAAAAGCUGACCAGUCCACUGCUACUCAGCUCGUGCACCAUUGUGGAACCGCAGAAAGAUGAAAAAGAUGACAUCAUUGAGGAAGACGACCUAUUGAAUCCGGACAGCUUUUUAUCAGGUGAACUUGGCAUAUCAGCUGUGUCUCCACCUCAGGGGAAGCUUACGCCAGAGUCGAGGCUUAUGCCAGUAAUUGGUAAACCAAAUCACUCCACUCCCAGGUUUAUACCAAAGCCACUUUCUUUAGCGUCACUGACUCGUCUGAUUUAGGGAAUGAUUCACGAAGUGCAAGACCCACUCCAUCAUUAG